GACGUCAUCAACAUUUGACAGGAGAAUAAAGUUUCAGUCACUUACGGAUGUAAACAAAAGUAGCGUUAAGCUAGUCACCUUGAAUAUCUUGACUGGUGAACUCUUUCUGUCAGUAGAUUGCCGUCGAGUUUAAAAAUGUUUUACGUGUAAACUCUCACUUCAGCUAAUGGCUCUUUUAUGCUGAAGGACCGAGCGAAAACAAUAUCCUGGUUCCGUUUUCAGUUGGUCUCCUUUUCCGUAGCGUAGUUGACAAAUACAAAACUAUUUUUGUCUGUAUUUCACAUAUAUUAUACGCGUUACAACGUUUUUGAAACUAUGGAAAAUGAAAAAAGAGAUCACUGGUCCGAGGUAUUAAAAAGGAGGCUGCAAAAUAGUACCAAAGAUGAAAGAAGCGAGGAGGAAAAGAAAACAGAAGAAACUGAGCUCUUCACAAAGUAUUACACAGAGUGGAGGGGAGGAGGCGACAAAGACACAUCCUACAAUAACAUCCCACGGUUUUACUACAGACUUCCAGCAGAAGACGAGAUACUGCUGCAAAAGUUGAGAGAGGAAUCCAGGGCUGUGUUUCUGCAAAGGAAGAGUAGAGAACUGCUGGAUAAUGAGGAACUUCAGAAUCUUUGGUUUCUUCUUGAUAAGCACCAGGUUCCUCCAAUAACAGGAGAGGAGGCCAUGAUCAGUUAUGAAGCCUAUCUACAAGUGGGCGAGAAAGCUGGGCCCAAGUGCAAAAAGUUUUUCACUGCCCGAGUUUAUGCCAAGCUGCUUCACAAUGACCCUUAUGGGAGAAUCUCUAUCAUGCAGUUCUUUAACUACGUCAUGAGGAAAGUGUGGUUACAUCAGACCAGGAUAGGUCUAAGCCUAUAUGAUGUAGCAGGGCAGGGAUAUCUCAGAGAGUCUGAUCUGGAGAACUAUAUCUUGGAAUUGAUCCCCACUCUACCUCAGCUCGAUGGAUUGGAAAAAUCAUUUUAUUCUUUCUAUGUUUGCACUGCUGUCCGCAAGUUUUUUUUCUUCCUUGAUCCUCUGCGAACAGGAAAGAUAAAAAUCCAGGACAUCUUGGCAUGUAGUUUUUUGGAUGACUUGUUAGAGUUGAGAGAUGAAGAACUGUCAAAAGAGAGUCAGGAGUCAAACUGGUUUUCAGCUCCAUCUGCCCUAAGAGUUUACGGCCAGUAUCUUAAUUUGGAUAAAGACCACAAUGGCAUGUUAAGCAAAGAAGAGCUUUCUCGUUAUGGAACAGCCACUUUGACGUCAGUCUUCCUUGACCGGGUUUUUCAGGAGUGCCUCACAUAUGAUGGAGAAAUGGACUAUAAGACAUAUUUAGACUUUGUUUUGGCCCUGGAAAACCGAAAAGAGCCAGCUGCAUUACAAUACAUUUUUAAACUUUUGGAUAUGGAGAACCAGGGAUAUCUCAAUGUCUUCUCACUCAACUAUUUUUUCAGGGCUAUACAAGAGCAGAUGAAAGUUCAUGGUCAAGAACCUGUGCCUUUUCAAGAUGUCAAGGAUGAGAUCUUUGACAUGGUGAAGCCCAAAGAUCCAUAUAAAAUCACCUUGCAGGACUUGGUGAACUGCUGUCAGGGGGAUACUGUUGUUAGUAUCCUGAUAGACCUAAAUGGCUUUUGGACUUAUGAAAACAGAGAAGUGCUGGUUGCCAAUGACAAUAAUAGUAGCAACACGGGUGACGUCGAUGACACCUGAAGUAAUGUAGAUAUUUGUGAAAGCUGUUGGACUUCUUCUCCAGAAACUUUUUACAAGUCUUAAUAGACCAUUCCUACAUAUUUAUUGUUAAAUUGUUACGUCUUUUACAUGUUUGCAUUUAAAAUGUUAAGACAGCUUUCUGUAAGUUUAAUCAACAGCAAAAAAUGAAAGCAAACAAAUCUAAAAUGUAUUUUUUUUUUUUUUAUUAAGACACAAAAUAAAUAUUUACUAUGUACAGGUCAAUGUAAAAUAGUUAAAUAAAAAGGUUUGCUUCCA